AUGCUCGAUCUGAUUCUAAUGAUUCUCCGCACCAGAAGGGUGGCGAUAGCAAGGCAGCAACCCCUGGCAAGAGUAUUGGCCAAUACAUACGUAACACAUGGAUCACCAGGCAAAGCAUGUGAAGGAAAUGUAAGCACUAAGUAUGUAAGCUUUGGGCCAUGCCAUGAAGGAACUUUGUAUACCAACGACCAUGGCUGUGACUUGAGUACUGGCUCAACAUUAGUCAAUGGAUUGAGAGUUUGUACAGCCAAUGAUCACUUUGAACGUGAUCCGAUUAUUGUAUCAUUGGAAGGAAGUAAUUCAACAGGAACCAAUCUUACUCUUGGUGCUAGCUGGACACUGCUUUACGAUGGUCCCAGUGGAAUUAGUUUAGAUCCUGGCAGACGAAAGUGUGGUUCAAUACAGUAUUUUGAUAACAUCGUCGAAUAUUCAAGCUACCGUUUCUUAGUUUCUGGUAAAAGACGGAAAGCAGAUUGCAUUCAGUAUUCUGAAGUAAAGUUGUACAGUGUUUGA